AUGCUAAAUGAAGUCUUAAGUGAAAUUAAACAUGCUAGCAGUAAUGAAGAUGAAGUCAUAAGAUUAAAACUCCUUGCUGCAUUAAAUACACUCUCUGAUAUUAACUGCAUUGAUAAUGAAAAAGAAAAUGUUAUUAAAUUUAUAAUUGAACAAAUCUCAAUUCUUCUCCAAACUUCGAAAAGGUAUAAUCCAGAUAUACUAAUUUUUGCCUCUAUAUGUUUCUAUAUAUCACCUCAGUUGUACAAAUUUUUGAGACAAAGUAGAUACAUUUUACUUCCACAUCCAAAUACCAUUCGUAAUAUUAAUUUAAAGCACAAUGUUGAUCCUAAACAAGAACAAAUGGAUUGUAAUUUCUUAUUGUACACAAAACAGAAAUUUAGAUUUUUAAAUGAAAGUGAUAAAAAGGUAGUUUUACUAAUAGAUGAAAUUCAUGUAAAAUCUUAUUUUGAUUAUAAAGGGGGUAAUUUAACGGGAAUGGCUUAUAACAAUUCAGGAGCUGAUUCAAGUGUACAUGCAUUCAUGAUUUCAAGUAUAUUAUCAUCAUAUAAAGAUAUUGUUCACAUGCUUCCAGUGCAUACAUUAACUGCAAGUGCUCUGCAUUCAUUUAUAGAACAGGUUAUCAUAGGACUCGAGAGGAUAGGUUUUUUUGUCAUAGGAAUCAUUACAGAUAAUAAUGCAAUAAACAGCAAAGCUGUAUCUUUAUUUUCUAGUUCUAAAAAAAUACAAAUAGUUUAUCCUCAUCCUGUUGAUAAAAAAAGACCAUUAUUUUUUCUGAUAGAUUCAGUGCAUAUCAUUAAAUGUGUCUGA